AUGCAAUUCAAGACUGUUGUUGCCGCUUUCGCUACUUUUGCCGCUGUCCAAGCUGCUAACCGUACUAACCAUACUAACGGUACCAACUCUACCAACGGUACUUCCACCUCUAUCUCCACUGGUGCUGCUGCUUCCAACGCUAUCGGUGCUGGUGUCUUAGGUGCUGCCGUCGCUGCCGGUGUUGCCUUCCUAUUCUAA